GGAGGAGCGGGGCUGGUGGGUGACACGUAAGUUGAGUGGGAGGCUGUGGCGGCCCCGGCCCGGUCAGAGGCAGCGGUCGAAGAGGCAGUGGUCACCCCCUCCUGGCCCAGGCGCGCCGUGCCCCGCAUUCUAGCCUAGCCCAGCAGCGAUGCGCCCGGGCUAAGGAGCCGGCCAGCGGACCGGGACCAGCCUCGUUUCCCUUUGUCCUACUCUCACCCUCCUUUAGGUGGCAACAAAGUAGCGCCCGGAGUCCGAACCGGCCUGUCCGGACUCUGACCUGUGUGCUGCCGGCCAGCCCAGCCCAACCUGCCAGCAGCCCAAAUCGGCCGGAUCCCGCGGGUGCAGGGAAGCGGCGGUUGGCCGCCAGCUCGGCUCGGCCGGACCAGGGACCGAAGCAGGCUGGGCAGCCGGCACCGAAGCAUGCGAAGGGGCCCCGCGCGGGCGACAGCACUCGGGGAGAGCGCACUCAGGAAAAGUUUGCUGCUCCGCCGCUGCCCCAAGGAGUUGGAGUUGGAGCGGUCGCGGCGGUAGCGGUGGCGACGUAGAUGGCAGCCCACCCCUCAGUGCCAGGGGGCUGAAGCGAUCGCGCGCCGCUGUGCCUGGGGGUCCUACGCCGCCUGCGCCUCCUCCCUUCUCUCGGACCCGUGCCCGAUGCUGCUCCUGCUGCCGGGUGCUGCAGCCCCCUCCUGUUGCGGCGGCUGCAGCUGUUGAAGCGCUUGGGGCGCAGAAGAGAAGGAGGUGGAGGAGAAGGAGGCUCGGGGGGCCAAAGCGGGGACUAUGGGAAACGGGAUGUGCUCCCGAAAACAGAAACGGAUCUUCCAAACGCUGCUGCUGCUCACCGUGGUGUUCGGCGUCCUCUACGGGGCCAUGCUCUACUACGAGCUGCAGAACCAGCUGCGCAAAGCCGAGGCGGUGGCGCUCAAGUACCAGCAGCACCAGGAGGCCCUCUCCGCCCAGCUACAAGUUGUAUAUGAACACAGAUCAAGACUAGAAAAAUCUUUACAGAAGGAAAGACUUGAACACAAGAAAGCAAAAGAAGAUUUUCUGGUUUAUAAAUUAGAAGCACAAGAAACACUAAAUAAAGGAAGGCAAGAUUCUAACAGUAGAUACAGUGCGUUGAACGUACAACAUCAGAUGCUGAAAAGUCAGCAUGAGGAACUAAAGAAGCAACACAGUGACCUAGAGGAAGAACAUCGAAAACAAGGAGAUGACUUCAGCCGAACCUUUAGUGACCACAAGCAGAGAUACCUCCAGCUUCAGCAAGAGAAGGAGCAGGAGCUGUCCAAGCUAAAGGAAACUGUUUACAAUUUGCGAGAAGAGAAUAGACAGCUAAGAAAGGCUCACCAAGACAUGCACACGCAGCUUCAAGAUGUGAAGCAACAGCAUAAGAAUUUACUCACCGAGCACGAACAACUAGUAGUGACUUUGGAAGACCACAAGAGCGCGCUAGCUGCUGCGCAGACCCAAGUGGCUGAAUAUAAACAACUGAAAGAUACGCUGAAUAAGAUUCCAAGCUUCCGAAAGCCUGAUAGGGUCGAAGAACAAAAUGUCAUCCAGGAAGCACCUUCUCGCCAAGGUGAUUUCACUGCCAAGGAAAAGAAAAUAAUUGAGCAACCAAAGGAGGGUCGCCACAGUAAUGAAAAAUGGCAAGCCCAGGAGCAGGCUGUUGAGGAAAGGAUAGCAGAGACCAAAUCCUUGCAUCCCACCCCGAAAGAGAUGGAAUUUCACCCUGGAGAUGCACCAAACCAGCCACAUGAGGAAGAUCCCAGAAGACAAGAGGAGCAGGAGCAUCAGGUGGAAGAGGAGAAUAAGAGGGAGCUUGAAGAGGAGGCGAUGGAGCAGGUGGGGCAGGCUGAACACCUGGUGGAAGAACAGGAUCAGGCUCCAGAUGAGCAGGAGCGGGCAUGGAAGGAGCAGCAGGAACAACAAGAAGAGGAAACUAAUGUGCUGACAGAGCAUGCUCAUGUGGAGGCACUUCCUUCAGAAAAGGCUGUGACAAAGGUUAAAUCAGCUUAUGAGGAACAGCUAGAGCAGCAACAACUGGCCGCCAGGAGGGCUGAAGAAGCCCACCAGCUAAGAGAACGACAAGAGUCUUUGCAUAAGCAAAGACUGCAAGAGCACUUGUUAAGGCAGCAGCGACUUCAAGAAAGAGAAUUGGCUUUGCGCCGGCAGGCCGAGCUCGAAGAAGAGCAUCAUCGUCAAAAGCGCCUACGGCAGCAAGCACGUUAUGAUGCAAUGGAUAAUGAUAUUGUCCAAGGAGCAGAAGAACAGGGUAUCCAAGAGGAAGAAGGUGGUGCCUAUGAAAGAGACAACCAGCACCAAGAUGAAACUGAAGAUGAUACACAUAAAGAGAAUGAGCCCCAAGGACAAGUACAGCAACCAGAUAACCCUGAACCAGAUCAAGCAGCUGGUGAGGAUGUCAAUCCUGCAGACGAUCCAAACAAUCAAGGAGAGGAUGAGUUUGAGGAAGCAGAGCAAGUAAGGGAAGAGAACUUGGCUGAGGAGAAUGAGGUGCCCAAGCAGAACAGUCAGAAGCAAGGAAAUGCUGAGGUGGAGGAGCAUUUGGUGAUGGCAGGAAAUCCAGACCAGCAGGAAGAUAAUGUCGAUGAGCAGUACCAGGAAGAAGGAGAAGAGGAGGGUCAAGAAGACUUGACUGAAGAGAAGAAACAAGAACUGGAACAUAAUGCCGAAGAGCCAUAUGGGGAAAAUGAUGAAAAUAUGGAUGAUAAAAACAAUGAUGCUCAAGAACAGGCAGCUCGAGAAGUAAACCCCCAAAAAGACCACGAAGAAAACUAUGAGGAAGAAGAGGAGGAAGAGGAAGGCGGGGCUGUGGAAAAAGCUCAUGGAAGAGCAGAAAUGUGAUUUAGUAGCUCUGGGGAGACUUCAGCUGAGGGUUCCUCUUUAAGCUGCUCACAAACAAUAUGCCUACUGAACUCUAGGGUAUUUAAUGAUAAUUCAGAGCUGCAACUUUUUUUAUCUUUUGUAUUAGAUGCCCUCAUUCCUUUAUACGAAUAUAAUAUUUUGAUAUUCUA